GCCUCUGAGUGAGGAGAGAGGGGAUGUGACGCUGCUGCUGCUAGUACAUAACAGCAACACGCACUGUCUGCAGCGACAGCAGGCAAGCACUUCUCACUCACUUUACUGCCAACCACUACUUUUACAUCUUGGAGCCACGAAGUUUUUUUCAUCGAGGUUGUCUUUCGAGGUAGAAGGAAUUAUUGUCUCUAUCAUCGCUUCCCCCCCCCGCCUUGUAGAUUCACAGCUGGAAAGUUGCUUCCUUUUGGUCAACGUGGGCAUCAGCUCCAAAAAGCAUGGCGGAUUACUUAAUCAGCGGUGGGACAGGCUACGUCCCUGAAGAUGGACUCUCAGCUCAGCAGCUCUUCUCGGUUGGAGAUGGCCUUACAUACAAAUCUGACCAACAGUGCGUUGUCUCCGAUGGUCAUACGGCUGAAGAGCUAUGCUCUAAAGGAGAUGGGUUGACUUACAAUGACUUCCUGAUAUUACCUGGCUUCAUUGACUUUACCUCGGACGAAGUGGACCUGACAUCAGCGCUGACCAGGAAGAUCACAUUAAAGACUCCUCUCAUCUCCUCCCCCAUGGACACUGUUACAGAGUCAGCUAUGGCUAUCGCUAUGGCGCUAAUGGGAGGCAUUGGGAUGAUUCACCAUAACUGCACACCAGAAUUCCAAGCCAACGAGGUCCGCAAGGUCAAGAGGUUUGAACAGGGUUUUAUCACAGACCCAGUGGUGAUGAGUCCACGCCACACAGUGGGGGAUGUGUUUGAGGCCAAAGUUAGACAUGGCUUCUCUGGUAUUCCUGUCACAGAGACGGGCAAAAUGGGCAGCAAACUGGUGGGCAUCGUCACCUCCCGAGAUAUCGACUUCCUCUCUGAGAAAGACCACGGCAAGUCUCUGGAAGAGGCCAUGACAAAGAGGGAUGAGUUGACUGUGGCCCCAGCCGGUGUUACUCUGAAGGAGGCCAAUGAUAUCCUGCAGCGCAGUAAAAAAGGCAAGCUUCCCAUCGUAAAUAAUAAUGACGAGCUGGUGGCCAUUAUUGCCAGGACAGAUCUGAAGAAGAACAGAGACUACCCGCUGGCCUCCAAAGACCCACGCAAACAGCUGCUGUGUGGAGCCGCCAUCGGCACCAGGGAGGACGACAAGUACAGACUGGACCUGUUGGUGCAGGCCGGAGUGGAUGUGGUUGUUCUGGACUCUUCACAAGGCAACUCUGUGUAUCAAAUCAACAUGAUAAGUUACAUUAAACAGAAGCAUCCAGAAUUGCAAGUAGUGGGAGGAAAUGUGGUUACAGCAGCCCAGGCCAAGAAUUUGAUCGAUGCUGGAGUCGAUGCUCUGAGAGUCGGCAUGGGCUGCGGCUCCAUCUGCAUCACACAGGAAGUCAUGGCGUGCGGGCGGCCUCAGGGGACCUCGGUGUACAAGGUGGCAGAGUACGCCAGGCGGUUCGGGGUGCCAGUCAUCGCUGACGGGGGCAUUCAGACUGUGGGCCAUGUGGUGAAGGCUCUGUCUCUCGGAGCGUCCACUGUUAUGAUGGGCUCGUUGCUAGCGGCGACUACUGAGGCACCAGGGGAGUACUUCUUCUCUGACGGUGUGCGGCUGAAAAAGUACCGUGGCAUGGGCUCCCUGGAUGCUAUGGAGAAGAGCACCAGCAGCCAGAAACGCUAUUUUAGUGAGGGUGACAAUGUGAAGGUGGCCCAGGGGGUGUCGGGGUCGGUCCAAGACAAGGGCUCCAUCCACAAGUUUGUACCCUACCUGAUAGCUGGGAUCCAGCACGGCUGCCAGGACAUCGGGGCAAAGAGUCUUUCUGUUCUCCGUUCCAUGAUGUACUCUGGGGAGCUGAAGUUCGAAAAAAGGACCAUGUCUGCACAGGUGGAGGGAGGAGUCCAUGGACUCCACUCUUACGAGAAGCGGCUUUACUGAGCGGGGGGAUGGAAUGCAGAUCAUCGGGGCACCUGACACAACCAAUCUAACAGUGACCAAAUGUUAAAUUGCCACUUCUGUUCAAAUACGCACCUCCCACUACACCCUCUCUGCCCUCUCCUCCGUACUAUCCACCGUUACUCUCUCUUGAGUCUAACAAGCUGUUUUUGGGAGGAAAGAGGCAUAGUAGCAAAAUGAGAACCUUCAAACUGAAACCCGACUUUCCGAACACCUGGGAUUUUGCACUCAAGAAGUGGCACAUCUGAGUUUUUGGGAAUCACGUACACACCUGUAUCUUGAAUAUGUGGCUGAUCCCAUUUUAGCGUGUUUUGUGUCUUCAUGGCGGUGAGAGAAGGAACUGCGUGUGGGUUUGGUGGAUUAAGGUGCGUGUCUGAGUUUCAAAUGUGUUUCAAGAAAGUGAAGGUGCACUGCGUUUAUUUGUCCUAUAAUCAUUAUUAUUAUUGAGUCUACAACAGCCAUUUUGCAAAUCACAUCAGCAUCUUAUCUGGCUUUUUUGGGAUCCACGCUUACAUACAGCACGCUCCUCCCUCUGAAGCCUCACAUCAUAGCUCUUAACACACUAGUACAUGCGAAAAACAAGGCAAAACACUUUCUAUGUGUAGUGUGUCAGUGCAUCACGGCAAUCGUAAUUCUUUUUUUGUGCAUUUUUAAGUCAUUAAAUGUAAAAGCUACUUAACGUACAGUAGCUGCUUUUGAUUCAUUGCAUAUUGUUUACUUCCUGUUUUGUGGAUCCCGAGGUACGAGACAUAAGCUGCGAAGAUUAUCCUGUUGACUUUAUCCUCCAUUGUCCCCUACGAUCAAAAGCCAAAACCCAGACCCACAGCCUGGACAUUAAUUUCCCCCUCAACAACCUCUUGACUAAUAAUCAGUGUCCCAUCUCCAUGCACAUUGCUCAUAUGUUGAGCAUGGAAGGGACCAAAAAGCUAAAGAUCAGGUAUGUUUGAAAGAACCUAAAACGUAUAAAUCAAAUAAAAAUUGUUCAUAUACUCUGCCCGUAAUUUGAAUACUUUUAGAUAAAAGAAGCUUUAUAUGAAACUGUAUAGUCUUGGGGGGAUUUUAAUUGAGCAUGAAAUGGUUUUGAUAUGCAUGUUUGUUUUUUCACUAAGCCAAACAUGGCUGUAUUUAUAUUCUGCUUCAUUGUAAUGACAUACGUACUGCCAAGUGUCUUUUCACUUCCUUUCACACUUUCCUUUUGUAAUUUCAAAACCAAAAUUGGCACGAGAAGUCGCUUGUUACCUCGUCAGUUGUUCAUUCCUCAGUUCUCUCAGUGUGGGGUUACUUUGUUUCUGAUGUGUUUCUUUUCUUGUUACCGGAGAUAUACCUUGAAACAGGGAUGGAUACAGGCUGCACGACAGCUCAGUGAAAAAGCCUAAUGCUACCCUUCCUCUUGCCUCUUUUUCUUACUUUGAAACAGCAUUGCUUCCUUUGUUCUCAUUCAGCUUAUGUAGGAGUAGGCUUUUCUAACAUUCCCAUUCUGGAUGUCCUUUUGGCCAGAUGUCUUUUUUUUUAAUAAAAAUGUCCCAGAUUGUA